AUGUGUGGUGUCUCGGCCAUAUUGCUCGGCGAUUCCAAAGCCACCUCGGCAGCCGUCGACCUGCACGAGUCCCUAUAUUAUCUUCAACAUCGCGGACAGGAUGCGGCGGGCAUCGCCGUUUGCCAGGGCGGCCGCGUGCACAUGUGCAAAGGCAAUGGCAUGGCCAGCAAGGUGUUUGACGAGGGCAGACGCGUGACGACGGCGACGAUGCCCGGCUUCAUGGGGUCGGAGGCGCAGCCGUUUUACGUCAAUUCCCCGUAUGGCCUGUCCAUGAGUGUCAACGGAAAUCUCGUCAAUACGCCGAAUCUUGUCCGAUUCCUCGAUCACGAGGCUCGACGCCACGUAAACACCGACUCGGACUCGGAACUACUACUCAAUGUUUUCGCCCAUGCUCUCAGCGAACUCGGCAAAUCCCGAGCCAACGUGGAGGAUGUCUUCACCGCACUGCGCGAGGUGUUUCCGGUAUACCUUGGCUCCGGCCCCCUGCAAAACGUCUCGAGUUACCUAUACUUAUCCAUCGGCAGCGACGAGAACGGCAUCCGGCCCCUCUGCCUCGGCUCACGUCCGUCCGAAACGGUCGAGGGCGCCAUGGACUACUGUCUUGCGUCGGAAUCCAUUGCCCUUUCCCAGCUUGGCUUCAAAGACAUUGUCGACAUCCUGCCCGGUCAAGCCGUCUUUUUGAAGAAAGACGGGACGCCCCAGUUCUCCCAGAUUGUCGAGAUGAAAUCCUACAGCCCCGACCUCUUCGAGUAUCUGUACCUGGCGAGGCCCGACUGCUGGAUUGACGGAAUAUCCGUCCACCGCAGCCGGCAGAACAUGGGCAUCAAGCUGGCCCACAGGAUGAGGCAGGUCUUGGGAGAGGAAGGCAUUCGUGAGAUUGACGUCGUCAUUCCCAUACCAGAGACAAGCGAUACGGCCGCUGGCACCUUGGCCAAGGAGCUCGCGAAACCGCUCUCCAACGCGUUUGUGAAGAAUCGAUACAUACACCGCACAUUCAUCCUUCCCGGCCAGAAGGCACGACAAAAAAGCGUUCGCCGCAAGCUCUCGGCCAUCGCGGUGGAGUUCAAAGGCAAGGUCGUCUGCCUCGUGGACGACAGCAUUGUGCGAGGCACCACUUCACGAGAGAUUGUGCAAAUGGUCAAGGAAUGCGAGGCAAAGAAGAUUAUCAUUGUGUCUUGCAGUCCCGAGAUCACGCAUCCGCAUAUCCACGGCAUUGACCUUGCCGAUCCGGCCCAACUCCUCGCUCACCGCAGGACGUUGCAACAGAUGACCGACGUACUUCAGUGCGAUGCUUUGGUCUUCCAAACACUCGAGGAUCUGGAAGCGGCUUGCAUCGAAGCAGGAAACAAAAAAUGCAAGGUCACUUCUUUCGAGAUUGGCGUCUUCUGCGGUCAAUACAAGACACCCGUUCCCACCGAUUAUUUCGAGCGUUCGGGCCGCGAAGCCGGGAAGCCAUCGGCGAAGCACGUGGGGGCGAGGGAUGAAGCGAGAGAUGCCACCGCCGUCCUUGUCGCGAGCAGCGGCCCUACCAUGGUGCCGCAGGAGGCCUCGAGCGAGGAGCGCUCCAAGGCCUUGGAGAAUCGAGAAGACAUCAGUCUCUACAACCUUGCAAGCAGGACAUAG